CUAGGUCAUAGCGUGUGAUCAUUUACUACAUUUAGAUCGAAUCCUACGAUAUCACACUGACUUGUACUCUAUCACUGGAUUGACUCAGUGAGUUCCGCCGCCCACUGUGCCCCGCCCACUUUGCCCCGCCCAUGGUGCCAUCCCACACCACCGGUCACGUGUCGGUCGCAUGUUCCUUGACCGGUAUUUAAAUAUACAAACAUGGCGACAGAAGCCAUUCGCACGAAUAUAGUUCACUCGUGUUUAAUUUCGCUUUAAAUCAAAAAUAACCAUCUGACUUCCGUAAUACAUUUUGUGUAGAUAAAUCGACAUAUGGGCAAUCAAAUAAUGAAAUCUUGUAAAAAAAUAUGAAUUAUUUUGGGCGUUUAGUGAAUGGAAUAAAGGGCUACUACAGCGAAAUUAAUUCGGCAACUCUUACGGGUGCUAUCGAUAUUAUUGUUGUUCGGCAAGCAGAUGGCUCGUUUGUCGGAUCGCCGUUUCAUGUACGUUUUGGUAAAAUCGGUGUUCUUCGAAGUAGAGAAAAAGUCGUUGAUAUUAGCAUCAAUGAUGAACCAGUCGAUCUCCACAUGAAGCUAGGAGAAGGUGGCGAGGCAUUUUUUGUUGAGCCUUGUGCUUCGGAAGAUGUCCCGCUUCAUCUUUGUACAUCUCCGAUACCUGACGUUGAGAGCUUGAUGAGCAAAGGCAUUGCGAAGCUCAAGAGACAGAUAAAGGAAACAGAACAGCAGUCAUUCGACAGUGACAAUCAAGAUAACAGUUUUCCGAACAAGAUUGACAGUUCAAAAAGCCUAAAGUUAGACAGCGAUAAUGACAACGAAAGCUUUUGUGAAUCUGAUGCAAAGCAGAAUGACGCUACCUUGGAAAGCGAAGAACAAGGGAGUUUAAUUGUAAAAAGAUCUGCAAAUAUUUCUGUUCCUGGAAAGAGAAGUAACUAUAAAACUCACCAAGUUUUGAACGAAUUUUAUCCCUUCUCAGACCUCGACAGUCCUCUAAACACGCCAGAACAACAAAGCCCGAUAAACACCCAACCGCCGAGUCCACAACGAUACUCGAGUGAUACCGAAGUAAAUUAUCAAAGCGGAAAGGAAAAUAUGAAAAAUACGGCCACAGAACAAGCUACUUGGAACUGGGGAAGAUUACCACAGGGAUUGGAGAGCAGCACUACCGAAAGAAAACCAAUAUCAGAAUUGAAGAAGGAGACGAAGAAAUCCAAGACAAAAUCCUUCGUGAAAACGAAAACUACCAAGGAUAUUGGUGAAGGAAUGUACUUGGACGAGUUGCUUUCUCUUGAUGAGGAAGUUGCUAAUCUUUACCUUCAACAGACGGCAAGAUCUGACAAAGAAACGUCGACAGCAAACAAGCAGGCGACAAACCACAGAAACACGAUGCAAACAUCGAAAAGUGAAUCCCAAAUACAUAAAAUUGACAAGUCGAAUUCCAAGAGAAAAGACGAGAAUGCUAAAACAACGGUUGAGUGUAUCAAAAGUGACUCGGAACUUAGCAAUAGCUACGAAAGAAGCUCAGAAUUUGAAUGUGGAAAAAACGGUGUUAAAAAUGACGUCAUAGACGGAAUAAAAAGCGACUCGGAGGUGAGCAGAAGCGACGCGGAAUCGGGACUGGGAUCAUCAGUAUCCGUCUCGCCCGAUGAAUCGAAGCUUGAUGAGCAGCAUGAUCAAUAUUCUGACAUUUCGUUAUCAUUGUGUGGCGAUAUUAGACGUGGAAAAGUUUCUUUGGAACGUUUCAUGGAAUCGUCUGUGAGUUUUGAAGAUUUUGCAAAAGAGCCUACUCAAAUUUUAUCAAAUCCUAAGCUGGUCGUUCGCAUCGACGAUAGAUAUUACAACUCCAGCGUGGCUGUUCCAAUGCUUAUAUCUUUCAUGGUGUAUCAAAGACCUCUGCCUAAGAUUACUGUGGAUGCCUUGGUCAAAGAACAUAUGCCGAAGAAGUCAAAGCGACGUGGAUAUGCGUCAUGGUUUUCUUCCUGGAGAUCUCCUCCAGAACAUAACGAGAGCACGGAUGAAGAUGUCCAAGAUGGUGAUCGCAGCAAAUGGCAGACUGAAAGCUUGGAUGAAACCGACAGUUUGCCACGAGAUGAAACUCCCGAACCGUUGCAAGAGAUCCCGGAGAAUGGUGCCGAGAUGGAAUUGAGUGUGUCGUCAACUGAUACCAUGACAACCGAGACUUACAAGAAAGUCUUGGAGCUUUCCUCUGACCAACUGGCGAGCCUGAAUCUCAAAGACGGAGCCAACGAAGUAACAUUUUCGGUCACGACAAAAUAUCAGGGAACAGCAAGUUGCUCCGCUUCGAUAUUUCUGUACAAUUAUAACGACAAAAUAAUCAUUUCUGAUAUUGACGGAACGAUUACAAAGUCUGAUGUUUUAGGACAAAUUUUACCUGCUAGUUUCUGGGCUCAGUCCGGAGUGGCGAAAUUAUUUAGCUCAAUACAAAAAAAUAGUUAUAAGUUUAUGUAUUUAUCUGCACGGCCUAUUGGCCAGGCUGAGUUGACGAGACAACAUUUAAGAAGUGUUGUUCAGGAAAAUCUUGGAUUACCUAAUGGUCCAUUGUUCCUAUCACCCAGCUCGCUUAUAAAGGCUUUUCACAGAGAGGUGAUCGAGAAGAAGCCUGAAGAUUUCAAAAUACCAUGUUUAAGAAACAUUCGGAAAUUGUUCCCAGAGAAAAACGAACCAUUUUUCGCUGGAUUUGGAAAUAGAACAAACGACGUUUUGUCGUACCGUGCUGUCGGUAUUCCUGUUCAAAGAGUUUUUACGAUAAAUCAUAAAGGCGAAGUAAAGAAUGAAUUCACAAAUGCAUUCCAGUCUUCUUACACUGAGAUGCAAGAUUUAGUCGACCAAAUGUUCCCGCCAUAUCUCGAGGAAACAACGAGUCUGGUCGCCUCAGACGAGUUUAGCGCGUUUACUUUCUGGCGGACACCGCUGACCAUAGUGAAUGAAGACAAAGCUUUGGAGCGAACGGAUUCGGCGCUGGUAGCCAAGGCUUCGACAUAACAAGGUUUGAGACACCCAUACAUUCACCUCGGAUCAGGUGUGCGUGGGUCACCCCACUGAUCCAAAACGUACACUGGAGAGCGCUGCAUAUUGCGAUGGAUGAUAGUCCAGUUGUGGGGAAGGGAUUCGGUCAAACACCUGUUCCGAGGCUAACCGUACGUACUUAUAGAAUAUUACACAGAGAUUUGCUCGGAUAUUUUUGAAAUUUACAUCGAUGACAUAGUUGCUAGAAUGAUUGAGGGCGGUGGACUUGGGUGGACCUUAAUUUGUAUCAUAAUAUUUUUAAAUUUCGACGGGAAAAUAAGUUUUGCUUAUUCCGAACUUUCGAGGAAAGAAUUAAUUUAUAUAGAGCUUAUUAUAACGGAUAAAUUUUUAUGGUUAUUAAAAAUAGUGCAUAUUUAAAGAACUGAGAUGAGAAAAUUUGGGUGAAUUUGAAAUAAAUAAAUACAAACGAAAAACGGAAACGCGAAUUUCCCCAGCAUGACAAAGACAAUAGUCAGAUAAACAAAUAAACAGACACGGAAGAGCAAUUGAUUUUGCCAAGCGCUUUUAAAACAAUGGUAAGGUAAACAAAUUAAGGCUAGGAAAUGAACAAACAAAUUGCUGGUUUAUUUAAAUCAUGUAAAUAACAAAACAAUGGCAAAUAGUCGGAACGUGGCUGGUUUUUGCCAACUUAUCCUGACAGCGCAUUUUGCCGGAGGAAAUCGGUUAAACCACUAACCACAACAGCGCAAUCAACACCCUAACGUGCGCGUCUCGCCGCUUCGAUAAGCGCAGAUCGAUUGGUCCAGAUUGACCUUGCGGAAAUACCCAGCUAUGAACUUGAUGAA